AAGAACAUGUGCAAACACAAGUUUUGUAAAUUGUAUAUUUGUUCAGUGUAUUUGUUAAAUGCAUACGACUUUUAUUUUGAAAUUUGGAAUUAAUCUGCUAGCAUAAGGAUACUUGAAUGGCCGGACUUGUGAAAUAAUGAUGGUACUCUAGGGGAGAAUAUAUGAUCAUAUUUGAACUUACAUUUUUUAAGGAAACCUUAUAAUAUGAUAAAAAAUAAAUAGGGAAACAGAUAUUUCAUGUUUUAACUUUGUUUACGUAUUCACAUCUACUUUGAAUCAAUAUUCAACUAUAAUAAUCGUUAAUAACAUAAUACAUAAAUCAAGUUAAUACAUACAUUCAUUUUGUCGUCUGCCUGACAACCCAGGCUCGUUAAAAUGGUUCAUCAUUAUCUAUUCUGUAAUCACCAUACGAUUUUCUCGAGCAGUUUGUUUGCUUUUUAAGGAAGCUCAGUUGGUUAUAAAAUAUUAAGUUGACUCGUAACAAAACAGAAUUUCGGUAACGUCUAUACGAGAAUCACUAACGGGAAAAAUAACAUGGUUUAGAUAAACUGAUAAGAAGUUAAAGAUCUGGUUUGAGGUGCCGAAGACAUUACACCACACUUGUCAUUCAAGAGUAAAUGCUGGGAAUUUAUAAGAAGUUUUAUUGAUUACAUGGUGAUGAAGGAGAAUAUUUCCGCACUCAAACAACUUAAGUACCUUAUAAAAUUGAAAGUAUUGAUGUAAACGACGAAUGAAUACGAAUUUACUUUGACAUUUACUUCAAUAAAUUUGUGAGUUGGAUUUAAAGCUUAGGAAUUGCAAACUUUCAUGUAUUCACUGUACAACAAAUAGACGGGUAAUUUUGACAAACUUCGCUUUUACGAGUUUAUUAUCAGACAACUGAACAAGUGAAUGAAAUGUUUAAACUCUCCAUAUAGUGGAAAUAAUGAUUACUCUCAUUUGUUAUAGUUAUAAACGUAAGGAAAACGUGAAUGAAUAACGUAGUUAAAAAACAUUCUCACUACACAGAUGGUUUCAUAAAUGGAUGAUAAAUGCUGGACACAGUUGGAGCUCUUGUGAAACUGUAAAAACAGACGAGUUCUCAUAAUUAGUACAUAUAUGGAUAACUAGCUGGUUAAAAUAGUAAAACUGAAAAGAAAGAACGUGUUCAAAAUAUGGAGGAGCUAACUUCGCGAACGGUGUUUCACGAGAUCAGGCUGAAAUCAGACGUGAUGGAGGAGUUUGAUGGUGGAAUUCUACUUCCAGAUCCGGACUGGGAGGGGCCGGUCUCGGAGAGCGCGGACGGCGGGCGGCAAGCGGCGAAUUCCGACGAUGAGUGGGACACGGAUCUCGAGGAGGCAGGUGAGACCCCACGUCGGAGGUUCAUCUCCGAGGACCAGGCACGGCAGGUGUACCUGGCCGCAUGCCGCCAGCUUGACAUUGUCCCAGCCCACUGCUUCGUGAAGGGUGUGGACACCGACGUCAUCAACCUCAACUUCCAGGGUCUCGGGGCCCGUGGCACCCGUGCUGUCGCAACUGCCAUGGUGUUGGACCGGAUGGCCACACAGCUGCUGCUGGCGGGGAACGUGAUAGGGCGGGAGGGUGUACGUUUUGUGUGUGACAUGCUGCGAGAGAACGACUACCUAACAUGCAUCGAUCUAUCUGAAAACGGACUGGACUCGGCGGCGGCGGAACUGCUGGCCUCAGUCUUCCGGGAGAACGAUACGCUUCAAAGCCUCAAGCUCGCAGGGAACAACUUUAAAGACAGAGAUGCCGAACAUUUUGCGGCCAUUCUUGCCAUUGGACAAUUUACGGGCUUACGGAAGCUCGAUCUGUCACAUAACAACUUCGGGGACGUAGGGGCCGAAAUACUCGGGAAAGCAUUGGACAACAACGAGACAUUAACGGAGCUAAAUCUUGCCUGGAACCAGAUACGUAAGGAUGGAAUUCACCAUAUAUCCAAGGGCAUAGCAGACAACAACAGCCUAAAAUUGCUGGACCUGUCGGGAAACGGCGUGGACAACGAUGCCGCGGAUUGCAUUGGGAGAGCCCUGGCCGCCAAUCGUUACCUCAUUACCCUCAACCUCGCCUCCAACCGGAUAGGCCUUCAAGGAGUCGUCUAUAUCUUCACCGGAAUCGCCAAGAACGAGACGCUCAACACCAUUCUGUUGACAGGAAACCCUCUAACACAGCAAGGUCCUACUGCGGCCCUUAAACUGCUACAGCAGAGUGAAACAAGUGUGUUGGAGAAACUGGAAAUAGCGGAUGCGUGCGUGGCCCGAGAAUUCUACUCGGUGCUGGAGGAGGUCCAGCAGCGGCGGCCGAAAUUCCAGGUGGUGGUCGGUGGCUUCAUGGACGGGCGUGACAUGUGCAAGGCGGCCGCCAAGACGAGCCAGCAGAGCUGGACGCGAGAUCCUGUCCUCGUCUUCAUCCACUUCCUUGAGAGCAGGGAAAUCAAGGUAUUUGAUUUGUUCAAGCAAAUGGAUGCGGACCGCAACUGCUCGCUUACGCGGGAGGAGUUAGUGACGGGCUUGGGUCGGCUAGGCUGCCCUCUCGACACCCGCCAGUUGGACCAGCUCAUAAACGCGCUGGACGUGGACCACAGCGGCGAGAUUGAUGUCGAGGAGUUUUUGGACGGCGUUGCUAGACACAGCCGACGUUUCUCAAAAUGGUCGACAGGAAGUAGGAAGUCAUCUUCUGGUUCCCGGCUCCCGUCCCAGCAGUCCGACCGGCCGUCCUCCUCAAACCGACCCACUCCCGAUGCUCAGCAAGAUACGUUUGUGUCAACUGACACUAAAACCCUCCCACCACCUGUGACAGAUUUUCCAGUCACCAACGAUGUUUCAAGGGACAUACUACUGACUGUACCAAGGGGCGCAACUGUUUCAUAAUGUGGUCGAUUUCUUUGAAAUGUAAGGUCAAGGCUACGAUUGGUGGGCGAUUUUAUUGGGGAUUGUUCCGAAUCCUCGUGAGUGUCAACGCAAAGAAGAAACGAUAUGUGCUUCAAAAAUAUUGCGUUGCAGAACGUUUUAACAAUAUCAUACAUUAUGUAUUUUUAUAUUUAUUUAUUAAAAUUAAAGUUCGUAAAUGCAUUGUCCUACGUAUCGAUUAUGGAACGUCAACUAGUGUCAUCAUGCAAACCACUUCUUUCAGAUAACCGAGACACGUUUGUUAGUGUGUGUACUGUAUGCAGAACAAGCUGCUCUGUCCGCUGGGCCGUUAUUCAUAAAACAUCUUAAGUCAUUUCCUAACUUAAGUCAUUACUAAACUUACGUCAUUUUUCUAACUUAUGAUUCUUAAUUAUAAUAUAUAAUUAUGAGUUAGUAAUAUCUGAAACACUUUAUUUUCAAUAGUUUUAUAACAAAUACAUUGUACAUA